GCUGCGGAGCUCACCAAUGCGCUUGGAGGCGAUACCGCUUUUACCGUGAAUAACGGACAGGGCUCCCGUCCGCCGUCCAAGGGCAAGGAUAUUUGAAACACGACGAGGAUCCACCCCGAUGGUGUGUCUGAUUAUCGCACGGAGAACUGCGCGCAGAGGGAGACGAUCGAUUACCGUUUAACUGCGCAAGAUGGGAUUAAUCGGUGUUAUUAAUCUCUCGCAGAUAACGGGACAGAAUGCUCGUGUGUGAUGCGGCCGAGCGCGAAAGCUGCGCCGCUGCAGUACCCGCGCAGAGGCGCGUGAGCGCUCGGCGGCAGGUCGGCGAUUCUUACUCAUUCAACGUGUUGUUUUAGUAAAUAUGUGUCAAAUGGGAAUUGAAAUUGUGCUGUAAACAAACAGGGCGCGUUUACGUAUGUUUUAUGAAACAUAUCUGUGGAUACGUAUCUAUAAAUGUGUUUUUGUUUCGAUAAAAUCACGGAGCCGGCGCAGAAUAAUUGCGUCUAAAUCGCGAUUAUUACUACGGGUCAGGACAGCCGGAGAUUCAGCACUAACACUUGUUUUUUAUUUAGACAUUAUCUAUAUAAACGAAGUGGGUAUUACAGUAACAUAGGUAAGCUGUUGCUGGUUUAUCUAAAAGUCUGUCAUGUUGGUGUGUCAGUCACCGUAUUUGCGCUAAAAACAGGAGCUCGCGCUGCCCGUCAGGAUGGCCUCCGGUGCUGGUGGGGACGCUGGGGGAGGGGACCAUGCACCCGUUAAACCGCUCCCGUGCUUGUGUGAGGAAUCUACUCAGGGAUUGAAAUCUCAGAGCCUCCCUGUGCUCAGCGGUAGUCAGGCUCCGGAGCAGGAGGCGGAUCAGACAUUACUCUCUGCCCCGCACAGCUCACCCCAUUGCGGAUCCCCAGUUCGUGAUUCGGAGGGUCGCGGCGGUUCUGCGCUCUUGGCGUUCCGGCUGCCGAUCAGACGCUAUGUGGACGGGAUCCUGGCCGACUCACGCUGCUUCCUGUUCUGCAUGUGUUACCUCACAUUUAUUCAGUCACUGAUGGUGUCCGGAUAUCUCAGCAGUGUCAUCACUACAAUAGAAAAACGCUACAGUCUUCGGAGCUCAGAGUCGGGAUUGCUGGUCAGCUGUUUUGACAUUGGUAGCCUCCUCGUUGUGGUGUUCAUCAGCUACUUUGGUGGACGCAGUCAGAGGCCACGCUGGCUGGCUGUAGGGGGUGUAUUUAUUGCAGUGGGUGCCGCCCUCUUCUCCCUACCUCACUUCAUAUCUCCACCCUAUCAGCUGGAGGAGCUGAACAGUACGAUAGGGGGUGAGGGGCUCUGUGCCAGUGGGAACAGCAGUGGACAGGAGAAGCCAGUGCUGUCCAGGUGCCAACGGGACCGAGAGGAGAGUGAACAUGCCCUUUAUGUGGCUCUGUUCAUAUGUGCUCAGAUCCUAGUUGGAAUGGGGUCGACUCCCAUAUACACACUUGGACCAACGUACCUGGAUGACAAUGUGAAGAAAGAGAAUGCAUCACUGUACCUUGCUAUCAUGUAUGUAAUGGGAGCACUUGGACCAGCUGCUGGCUAUCUGCUGGGAGGGAUACUGAUCGGAUUCUACGUUGAACCCGGUACCAAUGUCAACAUUGACCAGAAUGACCCACGUUUUGUUGGAAACUGGUGGAGUGGGUUUCUCUUGUGUGCUGUGGCAAUGUUGUUGGUGAUCUUCCCCAUGUUCUCCUUUCCUAAAAAACUUCCACCACGCCACAAGAAAAGUAAGAGGCAUGUGAAAAAGAGUCCAGGCGACGUUUCCAGUGAUGACGAAAUGAUAAAAGAAAAGAGCCAGGCUGUCUCGUCCUCUAUGGGUUUUGGCAAAAACUUCAAAGAUCUGCCAAAAGCAGCAGGGCGAAUUUUGAGUAAUGUGACGUUUUUGUUUGUGAGUUUGUCAUAUACGGCAGAAUGCGCCAUCGUCACGGCCUUCAUCACUUUCAUUCCCAAAUUUAUUGAGUCUCAAUUUGGCGUUCCAGCAUCUAGCGCCAGUAUAUACACAGGUCUGAUUAUUGUACCCAGUGCAGGUGUGGGUAUAUUUUUGGGUGGGUUCAUCAUCAAGAAGCUGAAACUGGGCGCAAGAGAAGCAGCGAAGCUGGCCAUGAUCUGCAGUGGCGUUUCCCUGCUCUGCUUUUCCACACUCUUCAUCGUCGGCUGUGAGAGCAUUAACCUCGGCGGAAUCAAUAUCCCUUACACCACGGGGCCCACGCUGACUCUGUCUCACCGUAACCUUACCGGAAGCUGUAAUGUCAACUGUGGAUGCAGGAUCCAUGAGUAUGCACCUGUCUGUGGCUCUGAUGGCAUUACAUACUUUAAUCCAUGCCUGGCUGGCUGCAGCAACAUCGCCAACCACACCUCAGGAAUCAGAAACUAUUCGGACUGUGCGUGUGUUCAAAGCAGACAGGUGAUCACACCAUCAGGAGGGAACCACGAGCUUCAGGUUGUGAUCGUUAAGACAUACCUGAACGAGAACGGUUAUGCACUGGCAGGAAAGUGUGAACGCACCUGCGGAACACUCAUCACCUUCCUCAUCUUUCUCUUCAUCGUCACUCUCAUAACUGCCUGCGCUCAGCCGUCCGUCAUUAUCGUUACGCUCAGGUCAGUAGAGGAGGAGGACAGACCAUUUGCUUUGGGAAUGCAGUUCGUUCUUCUCAGGACUCUUGCCUACAUCCCCACUCCCAUCUACUUUGGAGCUGUGAUUGACACCACCUGUAUGCUUUGGCAGCAAGAUUGUGGUUUCCAUGGAUCUUGCUGGGAGUAUGAUGUCACUUCCCUACGGUUUGUUUACUUUGGGCUUGCAGCGAGCCUCAAGUUCCUGGGUUUCCUCUUCAUCUUCCUCACUUGGUAUUCGCUGAAGCGGCUUGAGGAGCAGACACAUGCACACACGCGCACACACACUCUUUCUUCGCUGGACAUGGUGAGCCACCUCAUCUGCCACGCUGGAGGUCACAAAGGCCACGCCCGCACACGCUCCUGUCCUGUCUUCCUGCCUCGCCUACCUGAAUACUCCCACGCUGCCAUGCCAACUGGGAAUGCCCUUAGCCGUGGUAACAGUUGCCCUGGCAAUGGCCUAAAAGCAAUAACUCCACCCAUACGGUCACUUGAAAAAGUGGCAGUGUAAGACAAGUGGAUGCAUGCGCGCACACACAAACAUUUACAUAUACACUUAAAUUCUUUCAUUUACAAGCAUGUAAACUCAUACAUCAUACAGUUAUGAGGGAAGAGUGUAAAUGCAAACACACACCACACUGCUUAUAGCCAUUGCUGGUGCCUUUUUUUAAACACACACAUUAACGCAGUAAGUUCGUAAAGCACUGAUUAAUAAUAGAAGACUUUUUUUGACACAAUACCUCAGCAGGACAAAUACCUCUGAUUAUUGUCAUACAUUGUACAAAUACAAACACACUCUCAAACACACUUAACAUAGUCAUCUCCCCAUACUGUUAUUUUGCUGUUUGUGCAUAUACUCGUCUGCUCAACUCUUCUUCUAUACAGCAGAUUGAUAUAUUUACUUGUUUACCUCAUUGAUUCAUCCUUUUGGUUGCGAUGGGAAAGAGACUGCAAAUUUUACUAUGCAAAUUUUUCCCUAGCUCUAACACCCCCCAGAUCAUAUAAGCUCCUCCCAAACUGUGAACUCUCAUAGCACUGGCUCCACCUAAAACAUAUUAGUCCCUCCCAAUGAAUGACCCCUCCCAUAGCAUUGGCUCCAACUAAACCAUACUAGUCCCUUUCACAUUAUAACUCCUACCAUAGCACUGGCUCCAUCAAAACCACAUUAGCCCCUCCCACAGCAUGAAACUCCCUUAUUUUUCAGCUGUUUUCAUUUAUGCUGCUUAGAACUUUUAGAUUAGUCUGAAAGUGAGUUUGCAACAGUCAGUGCAACACAAACAUCUGUUAAAAUAACCGUCAUUGGUGUCCUUUUUGUCAUAAUCAGUGUUGGGUAAGCUGCUUAAAAAUUGUAAUCCACUUCAAAUUACUAAUACAUUUCUCUAAAAUUGUUAUCAGAUUACUAAUUACUUCAAUGACAAAAUAAUAAAAUUAAGUUACUUUCUAGAACACUUUUCUUCUCAACAAAUUCAAAAUAAUCUCUAUAUUUCUUGUUCAUUGUUACACACAAGACAUCCAUGCACUCAGCACCUCACAUUUCUCCUUCACAAUGACUUGUUACGGGCCAUAAUUCAUGUAUUCUACAUAAAUUAUAUAUUAGGAAUAAGCAUAACCCUUUAAUGUACUUAAAAGUAAUUGAAAUUUGAUUACAAUCAUUUAAAAUGUAUUGGAUUACAUUACUUUUAUUUAAAAUGAAAUAAGAUUACAGUAACUAAUUACUUUAAUUGGAUUAGACCCAACACUGGUCAUAAUACUUGUGCAUCAUAUCAAUAUUCAAAAUGUUCUCUUUCCUUGGUCAUGAUUGCAUCUGAUUUUAGUGGUCAACAAUCACCUCUGUAAAUGACAUACACACACAUACACUAAUAGAAGACAUGUCAUCUCAAGUACACCCACAUCACAUAUACUCUGAAAAAACCCUCUCACAUCUCUCUAGAUGGUGUCCUGUUAGCGCUGAGCCAGUAUUAGUGGUGUUGUUAAUAACACAAUUACCGCUGUGAGCAGAAAUCAGCUUCAGUCCUGAUCACUGCAGGACUUCUGUAAAAAAAACAUUGCAGAAUUCACAUGAAUACUGAGUAACUGCUGAAGAAAGAGUAUGUUGGAUUUUCCCCUCCUGCUCCUGUUACUAUGCUCUGUUUGCAAACAAGACACAUUUAAUAAAAUUAUUUAUAUGUAGGUACUUUAAAGUACUUGAAGUUUUGUUUAAGCAGAGGUAAAACUAGAGUAAUUCGUUAUAAAAUUUUUUGGUUUACAUGUAUAAAUAAAUGAAUGAAUUGUGUCAA